ACUUGAGUUUAGUUUAAUGUGUAAUCAUCAAGACUUAUGUCUGAAAGCAUGGACGAUUUUGUUUAUUGUUGUGAUUCAUUCAGCAAGUAAACAAGACGUAACUAUUGGAUAUAGGCAACAAAAAAUAUAAUCGUAACUGGAUAUAUUUCAUCGGUCAUCAUGGGAGAACGAUUAAAAGCAAUUGAUUUGAUUGAACCUUUAAAAGAAAAAAUAGCUUUUUUAUCAGGGGGAAGAGAUCAGAAUGGCGGACCUAUUCUCACCUUUCCAGCUCGUCAAAAUACUGAUCGAAUUAAGCCUGAUGACAUGAGACAUUUAUUGUCAUAUCUUGCCAGCGUACCAAGUGAGGAGGUAGCGCAAAUUGGAUUCACUGUGAUAAUGGACAUGCGUGGUUCGACAUGGAAUUCUGUCAAACCUUUACUGAAAGCCUUGCAGGAAGGUUUUCCUGGAAAGAUCAACAUUAGUUAUAUUAUAAAACCUGACAAUUUCUGGCAAAAACAAAGAACUAAUUUUGGGAGCACAAAGUUUUCUUUCGAAACUCAACUCGUCUCAGUCGACAGUUUAUGCAAAGUUCUCGAUCCACGACAAUUGACUCCAGAUAUCAGCGGCACAUUGACAUAUGAUCACGAUGAAUGGAUCGAACUUCGUCUUGCAUUCGAAGAAUUUAUCUGGGACGCAUUAGACGCACUCGAUAAACUUCAUGCCAUUGAAGGUGAACUGUCGUCAGAUGAAUAUGCAAACACACAGGAAGAAGCUAAGGCAAUGAUUGAAAACCACGUUAAACUGAAAAAGAAGAUAAUCCACGCUCCUAUUGAACAACUUGAUACUCAAGGACAUAAGUUACUGAAACGAAUUAACGGAAGCAACGGUGAUGCUGACAGUGGGUUUUCUGUUUUGAAAGCAUACAAGUACUAUAUGAACGGGAGUUCUGGUGGAGUAGCUCUUUCCGGGAAUUCAGAUUUUCAAUGUGCUGCUCCAAGAAUUCACAGUCUGGUUGAUAAAUUGCACAACACUCGCCAUAGACUUCAUAAUAUGUGGCAUCUACGAAAAGUCAAACUUGAUCAGUGUUUUCAACUACGUUUAUUCGAACAAGACGCAAAUAAGAUGUUUGAUUGGAUCAAGUUAAAUCGAACUGCUUUUAUUACGAAAUGUUCGGAGAUCGGAACUACUCAUCAACAAACUGCUGAACUACAAGAACAGCACAGACAAUUUGCAACUAAUUCAAUGAGUGUCUAUGUGAAUGUGCAUCGUGUAAUGUCAGUGGCAAACAGGUUACUAGAAACAGGACAUUAUGCAUCUGAUGAUAUAAGAAGAAUAUCUGCUAAUUUAGACAGAGAAUGGAAGAUAUUUGCUGCUGCAUUAGAUGAGAGAAGUCAUCUUCUCGUCCUUGCUGUAAAGUUUCAUCAACGAGUUGAACAAUUCAUCGGAAACGCAUCGAGAUGGAAAGAAGAUUGUCGAGUAUCAGGAAUGUCAUCUGCUGGUGUUGCCGUGACGUACAUCGUGCCUGACGACAUUGCAACAUUGGAAGAUCAUCUUCAAAAACAUCAUCAAUUACAAGACAGUAUUUCUGGCGAAUAUCAUGAAGUUUGUGGACCACAUGGAGAUGGGAAAGCACUUUUGGAGUUUCUUCAGAAACCUGCAAGUCCAAGUACAGAUGAUGCCGUAGCCCAAUUGAUAGACUACAGUAGUGCUUCACAGCAAGUGCUGGACAGAAUACAUGAAGUUUUCCAUCAUCAUCGUGAACUGGAAAAAUUAUGGAGAGAAAAGAAAAUACUUCUGACACAAAGAUAUCAGCUAAGAGUUUAUGAACAAGACGUUGAGCAGGUAUUGAAUUGGAUAGAGCAUCAUGGCGAAGCAUUUCUUGCCAAAUAUACUGGAGUUGGUAAAUCUUUACAUCGUGCUAUGCAAUUGAAGAAAAGACACGAAGAUUUUGAAGACGUCGCUCAGAACACAUACACGAAUGCAGACAAAUUAUUAGAAGCUGCAGAACAACUUGCUCAAAAUGGAGAUUGUGAUCCACACGAAAUAUUCCAGGUCGCGAGACAUUUGGAAGAGAGAAUACAUGACUUCGUUAAACGUGUUGAAAGAAGACGAACGCUUCUGGAUAUGUCAGUGUCAUUCUAUACACACGUUAAAGAGCUCUGGACUUGGCUAGAAUCUGUCAAGCGUGAAAUGCACAGCGUUGAAAUUGCCUCAACAUUAGAACUAGCGGAGGAGGGUGUUGACCAAUUUCGAAGAGUUCGUUAUAAAUUAAUUGAAACAUUUAUCGCAACACAACAAGAAGGAAAACACCUUCUGCAAAAUUUAAAGUAUUCAUCUAUAGAUCAGACCAGUAAUUCUGGUGCGAGUGGUCGAUCAGGAACUCCAACUUCUGGCGGUGCGACACAAUCUAGUGGCUCCAUUCAACAUGUCGACAGUAUUUUAAGACAAUUAGACGAAGAACGAGCUACAUUAGAAGACGCAUGUGCCGAGAGAGAAGUACGCCUCGAUUCUCAACUCCAGUUGAGAGCAUUUGAAAGAGACGCAGUCGAGGUUUCUACGGAAUUAGAUUCUUGGUCCGCCGAUGUACGACAAGUAUCUGUUGCUGAUAUCGAUUCAUUUGAAGACGUUUCUGUCAUUGAGCAAAGAAUUUCGCAAGUUGAUCGCAACGCUCAUACCAUGAGAAUACAAACUAACGAUAUCUUAGCGAAAGGAAGAGAACUUUGUGCUCAGAUUGAGAAUUCAGAUCUUGACGUACAAUGCGAGGAUGACACCACAGCCAGUGAUAGGAUUCGUCACUUGUGUGAAGCUGUGCAAAAGAGUUUACAUGAGAUGGAUGAGGCAGUGGAAAGACAUAGGAUUAUUUUGGCACAAAAAUUAUUACUCAGACAUUUGGAUUCACAAGUAUCUCAGGUAAUGCGAUGUAUUCAAGAUGGUGAAAAUUUAAUUCAAGCAUCUCAAUUAACGUUAAAUAAUUUGAACGAUGCAGAAGAUUGUGAAAGAAAACAUCAACAAUGUACCGAUGCCAUUGAGAAAACAAGAAACAGCGUCAAACAAGUCCAAUCAAAAGCCGAUCAGUUAUUGAAGCAACAACAACUACUACAAAGGAAAGGUGGAUCCCUCGAUCAACGAUCACAAUUAUACAGAGAUUCAGAAAAAGUUCGAGAACUCGCUGAAAGAACAGUGGCUGAAUGGCAAAGAACAGCACGCCACCUAGAGGAUAGAACAAGAUUGGUCCAUUCGGCUGUUGUUUUUUAUAAAACGGCAGAAGAGGUUUGUACAGUUCUCGACAGUCUUGAAGUCGACUACAAGAGAGAGAAUGAUUAUCCUACUAAUGAAAGAUAUGCAUCUGCUGAAUUAGAUGACGUUAAAUCUUUACUCGAAAAACAUGGUGAACAAAAAGAAAGUUUUCUACGAGCAUGCACCUUCGCUCGACGACAUGCAGAUAUUUUUAAUAAAUGUGCACAAAGAAUGAAACCAUACUUUCAUGGUGAAUCCGAUACAGAUAAUUCAGCCACAUCACAAGCUUAUAAAGACGCUAUGGGAAAGAGAGCAAAGAAUCCUAAAUCAAGUAUUCGACGUGUUCUUCAAGAACUUCUGCAAAAAGAAAACAAAGUCCUUCAGUUUUGGACGAGUAAAAAGAAACGAUUGGAACAAUGGGAACAAUAUGUUACUUUUGAAAAAAGUGCAAAAAUGGCUUUGGAUUGGGUACAAGAAGCAGGUGAAAAAUAUCUCGACUCGAAUGCUGGCAUUGGAAAUACGAGAGAAGAGACUCAAAGGUUUUAUGACAAACACCUCAAGUUUGAACAAGAAGCAAAGGAAAAGAACGAAAGUGCAAAAAUUUUGAAAGAACUUGCCGAUAUUUUUGUCGAGCGUGGAAGUCCUCAUUCUUCACAGUUUAAAGCAUGGGUGACUGCUGUGGAUGUCAGGUACAAAGACUUUUUACAGCGAAUGCAAAAAUAUCGCAGACAAUUGGAAGAUGCUUUAGGUAUUGGAUCAGUUACAAGUAGACACGAACAACAAGAUCAGAGAUUAAGCGGUUUAUCAGAAGGAUCAUCAGGCUACUUUUCUGGAUCAAAUAUCUCUGUGACAUCACAAUCGACAGUAACAAGUUCUCAAUCUCUAGCUCCCUCUACCACUGCCCAGGCGACUCAAAGUAAUUCUGAUCGACCUUUGACACAGCUUGAAGAAGAAAAACGCAGGCUACAAAGAAGAAAGGAAUGUAUCAUGACAGAAUUACUACAAACUGAGAGAGUAUAUGUGAAAGAUUUGGAUGAUUGCAUACGUCACUACGUAUCGGAGAUGAAAUCAGGAAGAUACGAUAUACCAAUGGGAAUUCGUGGAAAAGAAAACAUAAUUUUCGGAAAUAUCGAUCAAAUAUUCAGCUUCCAUAAUGAAACAUUUCUGAAAGAAUUAGAAAAAUAUGAACAACUUCCUGAAGAUCUUGGACAUUGUUUCGUAACAUGGGCUCAAGAUUUUAAUAUGUAUGUUACAUUUUGCAAGAACAAGCCCGACUCAACUCAGCUUCUCAUCGAACACGCCGGAAAGUUUUUUGAACAAAUCCAAGCAGCAAAGAAUUUAUCAAAUUCAAUCGCUUCAUAUCUUAUCAAACCGGUACAGAGAAUCACCAAAUAUCAACUAUUAUUGAAGGAAUUAUUGGCUUGUUGUAAAGAUGAACCAGGAGAAAUUAAAGAUGGAUUAGAAGUGAUGAUGACGAUACCUAGGAAAGCUAACGAUGCUUUGCACGUUAGUUUGAUCGAAGGUUACGAUGAGGACAUUGCAUUCAUGGGUGAUGUCAUCUUACAAGAUGUAUUCCAGGUUUCUGACACCAAGCAAUUGAUUCGCAAAGGUCGGGAUAGAAAUUUAUUUCUGUUCGAACAAGGAGUUCUGGUUUGCAAGGAAGGAAAGGAUAAUGCUGGGAAAAGCAAAUAUCAAUUCAAAUAUAAACUUCAGGCCAAUGAACUCGGUGUGUCAGACACUAUUGAAGGAGAUCAAUGCAAGUUAAUGAUUUGGGGAGGAAAAGCGAGCGAUGGAAAAUUAACAUUGAAAGCUAGUUCUAAUGAUGUAAAACAGGAAUGGGUGAAGAAACUACGAGAAAUAAUCCAAGAAGCUCGAGAACAUAUGAAAGAUACAUUGCAACUACCUAAACCUACAGCGUUCAGAAACUCCUCCAGAUCUAAGCGGUCGAGUGCAAGUUUACUAGAUGAAGAUAAAAUGAGUGAAACAAGCAGUGGUGGACAACCUGAUUCUAUUUCACUUUAUUCCAGACAUUCACAGAAUGCAGAUAAUGAUAGGUUUAUGAGCAAUGACUUCGUUCUUGCCACUCAAGAUUAUGCACCAAAUCGUCCAGACCACUUGUCCAUCCGGCGUGGUCAAACAUUGGAGGUCAUGGACAACUCAAGAGACGAUAAUCUUGUUCUUGUCCGAGUCACCAACUCUACACCCACGACAUACGAAGGUCAAAAGUCAUUGAACCCACCUUUGACACCUGGUGCACUGCCGCGUGACCCAAGCCCAGUGUCAUGCCAAGGACUGGUGCCACUGUCAUGUAUUGGACCAAUGAAUCAAGAUCCAGAUGUGUCUUCUUCCACAUCUUCGUUACCAGCAUUAUCAGGCAGAUAUGCAAAGAACAACAACACAUCACAGGCUGGAUCAACAGCAACUCUACCUCCCGAGAAAAAACAAGGGUUUUUAAAAUGGUUGUCAACAGGGAAGAGGAAAGGUGCUGGCACUAAUGCAUCAAUGGGUACAUUGCCUCCUAAGUCACCCAAAGCAAGAAAGGACAAAGUAAAAGGAGAUGAAACUGGCCCAGUGGUCAAAGCUUCGUCAGUGCAACACCUUGUUGCCGACGUCUCGGAAAGUGAUGACAUUGAACCUGCCCCAGCUCUUCCUCCCGCGAUGCCAAUCGUGGAAAAUAAAUUUUCAGAAAAUGGAGUGAAGAUUGUGGGACAGGCAGGGCCAGGUGGAUCAUCAUCCGAGCAAGAUCUAACCGACCCGAAUCUUAAUCGUUCACAAGCUAAAGAUUUUAGUCGAGAAAUGGAAGAUCUUCUAUGCGAGAAAUUUCCGACGUCGACUUCUAUAAAAUCAUUUCAACGUCUCAGCAUUUCCGGAGUUUUAGACAAAUCUGAACAAAAUCCUGAAGUUUGGCAAAAAAGGGACGCUGAUAAAAUCAAAGCUAAUGAACCAGAAGAACCACUAAUUAAAGAAAUAUCUCAAGAGGAAAGAGAUGCAAUCUUACAGAAAAGAAAAUAUGUCCUAAUGGAACUUGUCGACACCGAAAAAGAUUAUGUUACUGAUCUUGGUAUUGUGGUCAAUGAAUUUAUGGCUGAUACAUUAGAUCAAGGAUUACCCGAACCUGAUAAUGGAAAAGAAAGAGUUGUGUUUGGAAAUACCAAACAAAUAUAUGAGUGGCAUAGAGAUGUAUUUUCAAAAGAACUUCAGAAGUGUCUCGACAAUCCAGAAUAUAUUGGAAGAUUAUUCAAACGAUAUGAAAGACGAUUGCAGAUGUACGUGACAUACUGCAGUAAUAAACCUUUAUCAGAAUUUCUUGUCAUGAAACACAAAGCGUACUUCACUGAAAUUCAAGAAAAAUACGGAAGAAAAUUAGAUAUUGCGGGAUAUCUCAUCAAACCUGUGCAAAGAAUUAUGAAAUAUCAAUUACUCUUGAAGGAUAUUCUUAAAUAUACUGACAGAGCGAAGCUGGAUUGUCAGUUGUUACGAGACGCGGUAGAAGUUAUGCAUGUUGUUCCUAAGCAUGCUAAUGAUAUGAUGAUGGUUGGGAGAAUGAAGGGUUAUGAGGGUCGUCUAACAGCUCAAGGCAAGUUACUUCUCCAAGAAACGUUCUUGGUUCGAGUCGAGGAACCUGGAGGAGGUUUCAGUGGUCUGGGUAAAGAACGGAAGGUUUUUCUAUUUGAGCAAAUUAUCAUAUUCAGUGAACUUGUGGAUAAAAAAUCUGAAGAAAGGGGAUUUACAUACAAAUCAGGUAUCAAAUGCAUUAACCUUGUACUGAGUGAAGUCCAUCACGAUCCCACCAAAUUUAAACUUAUGGAAAGCAGAAGAGUUCCUGGAAGUGAAGGACCAGAAACUUACGAACUUUCUUGCGAUAAUUCAGAAAUUGUUUCAUCAUGGGUUACGCGAAUCAGAAAUUUGCUGGAAAAUCAGUUGGAUUUUGUGAAAGCUUUGCAAGCUCCGAUAAUGUACCAACAAAAUCUUAAUACGUCACCUGCACAUUCAGCAAACAGUAAUGGUAAUAAUAACAAUAAUAAUGGAAUGCUUUCACCAAGCACCAAAAACUCAAACAACAACAAAUCUGACGGUAAUUUAAACUGCCACACGGGUGGUGAGGAGUCUGACGUACUACCAUCAGCGUCAAGAAGUGUCGUAUCGUCAUUAAGCGACGAAAUAACGAACGCUCUCGCUUCUAAAAAUUUAUCUAUUACAGAAGCGCCCUCACCACCGCGGUCAAAAAAUCAACAAAACCAAGAAACUACUCAAACUAAUUUGAGACCAAAAACGUCUUUAUCACUCGACCUAACCACUCAAACUCACUGUGAACGAGUGUCAUUUUCAUCCUCCCCGGUAAUGACCCCAGACGGGGUUUUAAAACUUCCACCCCUCACAAUUCCAACUGCGACUAUUUCUGGGGCAGCAGGUACAUGGAAUUUACAUAACAACAACAGUAAUAAUAACAACAACGGAAUACAACCCCCAUCCGCUAUUGUUACUAGACAACGUCUUCCAACUGAAAAUGGAGAUUUAAACCAUAAUCCAGGGUACAGAUCUCCGUUAGUUAAAAAGCCAUCACAAGAAAGCUUAAAAGCAUCGUUAAACAGCAAACUCUCUCAUCAAUAUUCUUCAAAUGACGCAAUCUCUUAUGCACCGUCGUCAGAUAUUUCUGUUAAGCGGACAAUAAAUAGUCUGCCAGAUACAAGACCCCGGACUCGAACUACUGGUUCUAUAACUUCAUCUCCAAAAUCUAUGAAAGACUCAAGUGAAAUGAGAGCAACUAAUGGAGCUAUCAAGUCUUCUUCACCUAUGACAUCAUCAACGAAAAAACCUCCAUCAGGCAAGGAAUUGAAAAAAAUGGCAAAAGAAGCGAAAAAGAAAGCAAGUAGAAGUUUGUCUGUUGUUGACGAUCAGGAAUUGGAGAAACGGAGAGGAAGAGCAAAACAUAGAAGGUUACCAGGAUUCUUCACAAAACGUAGUAAAACUGCAGACGCUCGACCAGAUCCAAACCAGGAUGAAACAAAAGACGACCAAAUAAUGAAUAGAAGAGGAAGAAGGUCAUCCUCACCAGAUAUUACAUCUUCAUCUAGAAAAAUAGGAGGCUCUCAAGAUGAUAUCAGGGAUUCUCAAACAAAUCCAGUACCAAAAAUUGAAGCUAUAAGGACCAUACAUUCACCAGUACCAUUACGAGAAGCACCAUCGAGAACAUCGUUAGAAAGUAGAUUGUCAGCACGGUCUACGCCAGCAUUUGGGCUUCAUCAUGCCAGCAGUACAAGUAGCGGAAUUUUGUCUCCGUUACCGAAAGAAUCAUUCUGGUUGUCACCUAUGUCUCCUGCUACAAAACCAAGCGCUUUGGAAGUUUUUUCUUAUCCAGCAUCAGGCUCCAUGUCUAAUGUAUCAAGACAAUUCAGUGUUGAUAAUAUUUCUGGAAAGAAAGAAAACCCGGAAACUAAUGACGGAGAAGAAAAGGAAAAUAAGAAUGUAUCCAUGUUAGCUGCAUGUGAUUAUGUUGCACAAAAAGAAGAUGAAAUAUCCGUGAAUAAAGGAGAUGUCGUACAGAUUCUUGCAACUAACAGUGAAGGAAAAUGUCUCGUUCACCGACCUGUGACAGAGAAGAGUCCAGCUGCCGAAGGGUGGAUACCAGGUCACGUUUUAGGUCACACCAGUAAUACUUUGAAACGACCAUCGAAAAAGAAGUCUACCUCGUCAGUCGAAAGUCCCCGAGAUGUAAAAGAGGUUUCAAGGUCAAAAGGUCGAAGAAGAUUACGCAAGUUAUCAAGCAAAACUCUCUCUGCCGCACAGUCAUUACCAAGUUUGAAUAAUACAUCAGAGACUACUGGUAACCAUAACAACGAGGAUGAAGAUAACGCUUCCGUUAUUUCAACUCCAGUUCAAAAGUUGUCUUCAGAAAAAGCUUCGCCAUGGGCUUCCUUACGUCAUAGAAAAUCCUCAAAUUCUUCAAGAAAAAUGUCAACGACGAGUAGGCACUCAGAUUCUUCUACUCAGCAGGAACUAUCUGCUGCAGUUGACAUCCCUGUCUUCCAAACCCAGUUAAUCGAUAUCACAGUCCGUGAAGGUGAUCCAGUCGAAUUUAAAUGUUCUGUUUGUGGACGUCCAAGACCGGACGUAGCAUGGCAGACUCCCAAUAGCAAUAUGUUACAUGGAACCAGGUUUGUGACAUCAUAUUCUAAAAACAAUGAAGCGAUAUUGAAAAUAACAAAAGCACAGGCAAGGGAUUCUGGACAAUAUUCAUGUAUUGCUGUCAAUCAAAACGGUACAUCCACCACAUCAGCUGUCCUAACUGUACAAGGUCCCCCAAGUGCAGUAUUGAAGCCGAGUAUAAUCAAAACAUCAAAAGCCAGCAUCACAGUAACAUGGGAACCGCCUGAUUUAACAGGAAAUUUACCAAUAACUGGAUAUACAUUGGAAUUUGUACAAGCAGGGAGCAAAAAGUGGCAAAAAAUCGAGAUUUCUGAUCCAACCGCUACGUCGCAACUGAUGGAGAAUCUACCAGCUGGUGUGUUAUACCAGUUUCGUAUCAUUGUUCAUAAUUCAGCAGGAGAUAGUCGGCCUUCACAAUUAUCUCAGCCUGCUGUUGUUCAGCAAGACAAAGCUCAUACUCAAAGUAAAGACGAAAUAGUUUGGAAGAAAGAUAUUGAUGUACAUUAUUCGUGCACACAACUCCUAGCUCGUGGAAGAUUUGCCGUCGUACAAGAAUUGGUUUCUAUAUCAUCUGGCAACACAUUUGCAGGUAAAUUUCUAAGCAAAAAGACGACGACAAAAGAAAAUGCGGAAAGAGAAAUCAAGAUGAUGCAAAUGAUAAAAGAUACAACUUAUUUUGUUCCUGUUAAAGAUAUCUACGUCACACCUCUAGCAUACGUUAUUAUUAUGCCUAUAUUAUCAGGUGGUCGUCUUUUUGAUUAUUUGAUUCAUCAGAAGUCAGUCAAGAUAUCGGUACUUGCUGACGUUGUCGCACAAUUGUUAGAAGCUCUUUCGUACCUUCAUGGACAAGAUAUCGCACAUUUGGACAUCAAGCCUGAAAACGUUUUGGUGAAAUCGACAACUCCAAAUCCCGAAAUUUACCUCACUGACUUUGGUGAUUCAGUUCAACUAAAACGUGGUACGAGCUACGUUCAUAAAGUACUAGGAUCACCAGAAUUUGUGGCACCAGAAGUUUUACGCGGUCAUCCUACUACGACCGCUGCAGAUUUAUGGAGUUUGGGUGUUGUCACUUACUCUAUGUUUAGUGGUUUUUCUCCGUUUUUUGAUGACAGCUCUGAAGAAAUUUGUUCCAAUGUUUGUUCUGCUAACUUCACUUUUCCAGAAGAAUAUUUUUCAUUAGUACCUAUUCAGGCGAAAGACUUUAUCAAAUCUCUACUGGUUCAAUUACCUUCUACUCGGCCGUCUGCAAAAACUUCUCUGAAACAUAAAUGGGUGAAUAAAACUAAUCGUAGCUCUUCCCCUACGAAGGAUACAAGUUUCCCGACUUCUCAUCUGAGCGUUUUUACUGAACGUAGGAAACAUCAGCACAAUUCAUCGCCGUUGUCAACAUUUAACAAAUAAAGACGUUUUCAUCGUGUUACUACUUUUAUUUCUCCUGCUUCCACUGCUGGACUUCAUUUCAUAAUUUUGUUUUUCUUGAUUCACACUGUCCUCUUAUUAUUAUUUGCUUUCUGUUAUGCCGUAUUGUGACGUCACAUUCAUGAUAAUAUAAUGUCAUAGUGGCGUUAUUGAAGACUCGAUACUUUAGAUUGUUACGAAUUUGAUGAUCGUUUUGUUCCCUAUAAAUAUUAUUUUGUUAAUUUUUGCCAUUUUUAAUUGUGAUAUUCUUGAAUUUCAAAUCAAAAGUGAAAAUUAUGUUUUUGUAAUUUUUUUGAUCUUCUGCCCUUUCUAAUUGAACCCAUAAUAGGGUACUUUGUGUCGCUAAUAAAAUGAAUAUUUUUUAAUUUUUUGUAAAAUUUCACUAAUUAUAUUUAGCAUGACAGUAUUCCCGCUACAGCAUUUGCCUAUAUACUUAUUACUGAAUCAUGUACGUAAGACAAGUUUAGUUUUUCAUGUCAUAUUUACAUCUUCCUUUCAUUGAAGAUACCUCAACAUAUUCAAAUAGGCGCAUACUACCCCAAAAAUUUAUUAGCAAAAAUUGCGAAAAAAAAAUUUUCGUCCAUAUAUUUAAAAAAAAAUUUGUCACAUUUUUGGUUCGAAUGAGCUUAUUUUGUCAUAAAAAUCGUUUGAUAAAUUUUUUUUGCACAUUUUUGAAUUUUCCGCCAUCCUGAUUACUUUUUUCUGUCAUUUUCUUUUUUCUGAGCGCGAUUAUAUAAACAUGCAAUUUUUUUCUCCUACGUUGGUGUUACAGCGAAGUCCGUUUUUUCAGAAAUUCGUAAAAUUAACUAAAAUACACCAGUUAUUCAAAUCAACGCCCUAUUUAAUUUAAUAUCUUGCUAUGUCAGCCCCAUGCAUACGGUUUAUAUAAAAUAUUGUAGGCCUACUUGUAGUACUCGGUAUGGUGUGUUCUAUUGCGCAUUGAUUUGAUUACUUUGUAUCAACAGUAAAUUAACUACGAAUCCCUAAUAGUGUUUGCUUACUUUUACCAUGGACUGACUUUUCUACCAGUAUAUGAUUAAACUAUUAUUUCUUUUAAAUAAAUUAUUUUUUUUGUUUAUUACGUGACGAAUCGAAGAUUAAACAGAAGCAAAAACAUUGUAA